UCCUCAGUUCACGCCAGCUUUCCACAGCGGCUCUGGGUCUUCCUGGUUCUGCGGAGUAAAGGCGUUUUUCUGUGAUUUUCCUCAGAAAACAACAAUGACUUAUGCGGAUCGCAGAGUUUCCUCUCCAGAACGCGCCGGAAGUCAGAAGUUUGUUUGUGACCCGUAAGACCUGAAAGGUGUAGCGGUUCUAGUCUUCGCCGUCCUGCUGCGAGAGACAUCCGUCAAACUGUCCAACAUGAGAGGGCAGCUCGCCGUUUUUUUGUUUUUUACCGUUUUAACGGAGGCAGCAGCGUCUCCGCCCGCGGACGCGCAGCAGCAGGAGUUCGCUCCUCUCAGGUCCAUGUUGGAUGACUUUGAAGUUCUUCCUUUCUCCAGCCUUCAGACCCACUCCGUCCGCCGCCGUGACGUCCAGACUGAAGCUCACGUGGAGAAGCUGCUGAGCUUCAGCGCCCUGCAGAGGCGGUUCAGACUCUACCUGAGGACCAACAACGAGCUCUUCACUGAGGACUUCAGAGCCGUGGUUGUGGACGAGGAUGGCCGAGAGCGAGGCGUCCCUGUUAACAGACACAACUACUUUACCGGACACGUCAUCGGGGAGGAGAACUCUCGCGUUCAGGCUCACAUCGAUGACGACGAGUUCUCUGCUCACAUCUUGACCGACGAGGCAGAGUUCAACAUCGAGCCUCUCUGGAGGUUCACGUUGGCGCCGCCUGAUGGCCGUCUCCUGAUCUAUCGCUCUGAGGACAUCAGGAACAUCAGCCGGCUGCAGCAGCCGUCCGUCUGCGGCUACGCGGCGCCCGACUCCUCUCUCAGAGCGGCCAUGUUGGAUGGGAACGACGACGCUGAGCCUGCGUUCAGGGGGAAGCGUCAGGUUUACGACCAUAAGAAGAACACGUGUCCGCUGCUGCUGGUGGCCGACCACCGCUUCUUCAAGCACAUGGGUCGGGGGGAGGAGAGCACCACCCUGAACUACCUGAUCGAGCUGAUCGACCGCGUGGAUGACAUCUACCGAAACACGUCGUGGGACAGUGAGUUCAGCGGCUACGGGGUCCAGAUCCAGCAGAUCAUCAUAGAGAACGGUCCCACUCCUGUGUCCCCGGGACAAAGCCACUUCAACAUGAGGGGAAGUCCGGUUCCAGGGAAGGACGUCUGGGACGUGAAGAAGCUUCUGGAGCAGUUCAGCGUGGACAUAGCGGAGAAGGCAUCCAGUGUGUGCCUGGCCCAUCUGUUCACCUACCAGGACUUCGAUGAGGGGACUCUGGGUCUGGCCUACGUGGCGCCGUCCAAACCCGACAUCCCAGGAGGUCUCUGCUCCAAAGCUUGUCCUUCAGCAGCUAACAAGCAGGGAGCCAUUUACCUGAACACGGGCCUGACCAGCACCAAGAACUACGGCAAAACCAUCCUGACCAAGGAAGCGGACCUGGUGACGACUCAUGAACUGGGCCAUAAUUUUGGAGCAGAACACGACCCGGAUAAUGUUCCGUACUGCGCCCCCCGGGAGGACCAGGGGGGGAAGUACGUGAUGUACCCCAUCGCCGUAAGCGGAGAUCACACCAACAACAAGCUGUUCUCCACCUGCAGCCGGCGCUCCAUCGUGAAGCGUCUGCGGUCGAAGGCGGCGUCCUGCUUCCGGGAGAGGAACACAAACGUGUGCGGGAAUUCCCGUGUGGAGCGGGGUGAGGAGUGCGACCCGGGUCUGCUGCACAUAAACUCGGACCGCUGCUGCACCAAAGACUGUCGGCUGAAGGACGGCGCUCAGUGCAGCGACAGGAACAGCGCCUGUUGCCGGGCCUGCCGGUUCCAGUCCAGAGGGGAAGUCUGUCAGGAACCCAUCGAUGCCACCUGUAAGGGUCACUCGUACUGCUCAGGAAACACCAGCGAGUGUCCUCCUCCGGAGAACGCUCCAGAUAAAACAGUUUGUUUGGACAACGGGGAGUGUCUGAAUGGAGAGUGUGUUCCUUUCUGUCAGGCCGUCCUCAACCUGGAGCCCUGCGCCUGCAACGAAACAAACUCAUCCUGUCACGUCUGCUGCCGGAGUGAUACCGGUACCUGCAGCCCGUACCAGGACCAGUCCGGAGCCUUCCUUUACCUGCGGAAAGGCAAACCCUGCACUGUGGGGUUCUGUGAUGGAGCGGGGAAGUGCAUGAAGCAGGUUCAGGAUGUGGUGGAGCGUCUGUGGGACUUCAUCGAUAAACUCAACAUCAACACCUUCAGGAAGUUCCUGGCCGAUAACAUCGUGGGCUCAGUGGUGGCGUUCUCGCUCCUGUUCUGGGUACCGUUGAGCAUCCUGGUCCACUGCGUGGACAAGAAGAUGGACCGACAGUACGAACAGACCACCAAAUCUCUGUUCUUCCCCAGUAAUGCCGAGCUCCUGAGCAGCCUGGACUCUGCAUCUGUCCGGAUCUACAAGCCUCUGACCUUCCCAACUGGCCCGGUGCGGUGCCAGUCCAGUGGCCUCCAGCAGACCAGUCCCCCUCCUGUCUUUAGCUCCGCCCCCCCUCUGGGCCACACCCCUCCACUUGCAGACAGUCCUCGAAUGGCCACCAUCCACGAGGACCCAAGCUUAGACUCCCACCUGGACACGGAGGAGCUGGAGGAGGCGUUUGGGCGUCCAACCAGAGCGAUUCAACGCUCCUUCGAGGACCUGACAGAGAAAAGUCCAGCGAGUCGCAGCGGGAAGACGAAGGUGUCCCGAAUGCAGAGACAUCAGAUCGACAGCAAGGAGACGCAGUGCUGAGAGACAUGGACAGGGGGCGCUGAUUGCAAACAAACAUCUGAGUGUCUUCCUGAUUGGUUCUGAGAGAGAACCAAUCAGAUCACACCUAAUAGUUGAGCUACAGACAGGUCAGACUAAAGGGUUUGCCUCUAAUCUCUAAUCCCCAUUUUCACGCCCUGCACUUUAAACCAAACUGUCAUUCAGAAUUGUUCACCAAAAGGUUUCAGUCUUUGACCAGAGUCUUUACUGGUUCUACAGGGAACCGGUUACAACCAGUCCUCACCCCUUGGAACCACAUCAAGUCAUUCAAAACAUCUUUUCCAGGGAUUAUUUAAUCCUGUUUCUGUAGAGGAUCACAGUGCAGGGAGACAGCCUGUCUCCACAGACCUGUGAGCGGGACCUGGGCUGGUGGAAACUUGUCUAACGAGUAACCAUGGUAACGAUGCUUCUGACUGCAGUUUUACGUCCUUAACAUUUAGGCUGUGAUGCUGCAGUCAUGUCAAAAUUUUCAAUUCCCACUCCAGCACUUUUGAUGGGAGAACUUUUAUGAAACGUUAUUAGGAAUGUGGGAAUUUUAGGAUCUUCUGGGAAAUUUUGGUGGCUUUUGCACGACGACUCGUUUAAUGGAAUUCUUUAAUUUUCAAUCGGAGAAUUUUAUGAUGCAAAUUCUAUUUUCUAAAAUAAUGUUUGAUGCCAAAACAGUGGAAAAAGUAGCCAUAAUUUUUUUUGAAGCUGCGCUUUAAAAUUAAACAUUUGUUGUUUUUGCAUCAGCUUUGAAUAAAUUUUAAACUGACAAUAAAAGGGCUUCAGAUUAAAGUUCAGGGACGUGUUUCGUAUUUCUAAAUAGCUGCUUAGUGAACUUUUUCUUCUCUUUGGUAUUCCAACGCACCUCGGUCAGUAUUUCUUCGUGUCUCGUCUGUCGUGUUCAUUAGGUUUCGCGUUUCUGGCAUUAAAAUCUAGAAGCUGCUGUUUUUAUGUGUGAAAUAAAGUCACUGUUGAAUAAUUA